AUGGAUUGCCUGGAGCUCUUCAUGGAAGCAUGGGGCCACCUGAUUUUGAAAAACGCAGUUCGGUUCCAUCCUGGUGGUAUUUUGCUGGAGGGCAUGAUGGAGAUGUUCCUCCACUAUGGCCCGAAGCUUCGCACGAUCAGCUUGGAGGGGAACGCCGGCUUUGUGACAGAGGACGCGCUGUCGCUCUUGACUUUGGCUGAUGCUGGCGACACGGUGAAGACCUUGGACCUGGAGGACUGCGAUCUGAACUCCGGGCACUUGGAGGCUGUCCUCCACACCGUGAAGAACCUGCGAGCAUUGCAGAUCCUAGACCUCGCAGGCAACAAGUUUGACGGCCCCACAGCUCUCAACCUGGUGGGAUUGGAUGGAAAUCCCUUGGGCACACCAGAGGUCUUUAAGAACGAGGUUGCAACGCUGCUAGCCAACCGGGGUGAGUCUGUCAUAGCUGGUGGCGACCUUGUGCUGCACCUGGGCGACGAUGCGGUGCGUUGGUGCCCUGCGCCCCGUGAGGGAUCUCUGGCGCGAAGACUGCGUGAGGAGGGCGGAGACGUGGUUCGCACGUCGUCCCUGAAGGAGAUGGAUCGCUUGGUUGCGCAAACAGAGGCGCAGAUCUUGAAAUUCCAGCAAAACGAUCCGGCAGCAAAGUCUGCCGGUGGCCGCGACUGGCUGCGCCGACGGCGGCAGCAGAAUGCCAAGGUUUGGUCUUCGCCUGCUCUGAAGUUCUAUCGGAGAUCGGACAGCGAACAGUGCUACUGUAGAGACUCGUAUAUCAGAGCUUGCGCUGCGGCUUGUCCUUCGCCUACAGCUAUCUACGGCUUCCGUGAUCAAGGCGAAAGCGAGAUGUGUUCGAUGGAACUCGUCACUGCGUUGGCAAAGCUGACACAGGUGAUGCCCAUUGCCGGAGUAGAGUCCAUGGAAGAGGAGGAUCUCGAGGGCCCGCCGGGAGCGGAGCAGAUGAAGGCACGCAGUCUCGGGCCGGGAGAUGAGACUUCCUGUUUGAAGCGCGAAGACUCGUUGGUGUGGUCAUCUUACCAAGAUUUUCUUAGGGCAAUCCGCGAACUGAUGCCCAUCGACUCGGAGCUGCUGGAGAAGAUCGAGAGGCAAAGGCGGCGCCUCGAGUGCCCGGCCCUGCAUAGAAUCCAAAGCCAGAGCUCGCCGGAUCCACCGAAGCUGGAGAGCGUAGCGGAGAGGCGCAGGAGAAAGGAAGCCCUCCAAGUCCGGGGAGGAAAGCCUACGUCGCCUCGGGAAUACACUCGCAUUGGGAAGAUGCCUCCGCGCAAGCCGGCACUAGAAGGCGCAGCCAGGGUAAAUGCGGACCAAGACGGCGCGCAUGCCGCGGCUCCCUCGAGUUUUGGCAGGGCUUGCCCGAAAAGCCCGAGGAGCCCACAGGGACCAGAGACGCGGCCAACCCGACCAGCGCGGUCAGGAGAUGAGUCCAGUGACCUGCGGAAGAGGGCAUUGGUGUUACUUGCCAGCUCCAAGUCUGCUGCAGUGAAAGAGAAGACGGAAACGUUUAUGCAGAAGCACAGGAUCGCCUUCGUGCAGCCCGGACCUCCCGAUCACGACACCACGAGACUCUGCGAAGAUGAACUUGUUCAGACUGCCACAGAGACGCCGCAAACAGCAGAGUCCGCAGAGACUGCUCAGUGGUGCUUACCGCUGGAUGCACUCACGUUUGUGUGGCUCCAAAGCGUGUUCCAGUGGGGCAUUCGGUGCAUCAUUGGAUGCAUGCUUCUGUCCCUCAGAUGCUGCCUUGGCAGCAUGAACUGCCUGAAGCCUCUCCUUGUCGAGGAGGCACCAAGAAGGCGCUACCAAGACAAGCCCGCAGUCAGGACUUUGGAGUAA